UUCCUCUUCCCAUUCGCGGUACUCCUUUUUAAUUCCCUCGCUCCCCCAGUUCAGUUAUGGUAAUUUUCCGGGUAGAAACAAUUUUCUACACGAGUGGUUCCUCCGCUCACAUGCCCUACUUAUAGAACUAUUCCGUUCUGUAUAUAUCGCUUCCUGAUUUGCCGCCUUUACUAAGUGAAAGUGAGAGCAAAACAGCCUUUGUAAGCGGUAGGCACGCCUAGAUGAGAGGAAGGGGACAAUUUACAGUGUCGCGCACAUUUGGUGGUUGCUACGGUAGGUAAACCUGCCUGACAGCUCCACCGUCGCUGAUUCGUGUCCACCGCCACGAGGUAUGUAAGUGGAGGCGAACGAAAGGAAAGCUACUCGUGUUGUGGGGAGUUGGUGUUUGUCGUAAGCAAAAGUGAGGAGAGAAUCAAGGAAACGAAGAAUAAAAGUGGCAGUUGCCUCAGAAUUAAAAUAUGGCUGGACAAAUAUCAGAAUCAGAUCAGAUCAAGCAGUUUAAAGAAUUUCUUGGAACAUACAACAAACUAACAGAAACCUGCUUCUUAGAUUGUGUGAAAGAUUUCACUAGCCGAGAAGUGAAGCCAGAAGAAAUAACUUGUUCAGAACACUGUUUACAGAAGUAUUUAAAAAUGACCCAGAGGAUAUCUAUGAGAUUUCAGGAGUAUCAUAUUCAGCAGAACGAAGCGUUGGCUGCCAAAGCAGGACUUCUCAGUCAGCCCCGCUAGAAAACCACAGAUUGUCCCACACGAAGGAAUGCCAGCAUUGCCUACACUACAUGUGAGGAUGCCUGGUGUCUUGUGCUAUUCCAACAACACUACCACCAGCUCAAAAUGGGACUGCUUAAAGAAUGAUUCAGUUGUCUCGAAAUAUCUGGUCUACAGUUGGGAUUGAACAGCCAUGGAGUUUAUGGAGUUUUUUUUUCAAGAUUGUCUUUUAUUGUAAUGCAAGAAUAAUGUUGAUUCCAUCUUUUCUGGAAAGAUGGAUUGGUUCUACGUGUUAAUCGGUUACAGAUAAGGAACAAAAACACAUUUUAUUUUUUAUUGUUUCUAAUACAGUGAUUAUUCAUUUUAAAAGAAAAAUGUGUUGUCCAAAAUUAUAUGUAAAAGUGUCUAAAACAAGCUUUAUUUUUUAUUUAAUCAAAGUAAAAGAGAUAAGAAUUGC